AUAUUUCCACCUCUCUUGUUCCCAGGUCUGCAAGAAGACGUGACCCUCAAGACUGUCUUUGGCAAUUGGAUACUUGUUGCUAAGAUUCUGCAGGCCUCGCUCCAUGGUGUCACCUCACUCCAUCAAGAGCCUUGCAGCGGAUCGAAGACUAAUGCUCGUAAGUGGAGCUUCCAACAAGUCACACCAGGGUCUAUUGCAUGGGCUGCAGCUAUAUUUCUGCUCUCACCAGACACUGAGUUUCCAGGUUCAGGAGUUGGAAAAUCAUCAACUCUCAACUAUAAGGACCUCUUCUUUCAGUACAAGAAGUUACUCAUUGUGAAGUGGGGCAUGAAAUGGAUCAAGACUAUUGUCACCAAUAUCAACAACCAUGUUUUCGGUGGUGCAAAGUCACCAUCCACCCUGGAAUCUGCUGGCACAGAAGAUUUUUCUGACGAAAUUAACCGUGCCAUGCUGGCACUUAACAUGGAGACUGAUAGCAAAGAA